AUGGCCUGCGUUUGCCAGGAACGCCCAGGAACGCAUCAAGAAUUCGGUCCAUACAAUCGGGUACAGGCCCAAGUUAACCCUGCCUAUAGUGCCUAUAGUGCCCAUAGUGCCCAUAGUACCUAUAUUGCUGUAACGGCUGCGGCGACGGUGGCACCAACGCGGGCAUCGUGGGCGUCUGUUGGCGAUGGUGGAUUUGCGGCAAAAAGGGCGUUUUUCGCAUGGGUUACGGACGUGGGCAGUGGUGGCCGUGGCGGUGGCAGUGGCGGUGGUGGCAGUGCCUUCCAAAAUAGGCUUAACCCACUGGCCGCCGACCAAAUCGCUCUGGCAUUCUACCUGUACCCAUACAAUCAAUGGGUGAAGCAAAGUCUAGUAAAGACGGCAAAAUAG